UAUUGGUCAAGGUAUCGAACGAAAACACCGCUCCAUCCCGGAAAAUGUCCUCCAGCGAAGGUCCAAAAAGUGGGUUCAAGAUCGAAAACUCGGGCCGCAAACUGAACAAGACGGAGGUUGAUUUUAUGAGGUUGAUCGAACAGCAGAACCUGCAACGCGUGCAGAAACUUCAACGCCAGCGACGGAAUAACAAACUGACCGGCAUUGCUCUCGGCGGUACAGUCCUUGGGAUCUACUUGUACUCGAUGUUCUCGGUGAAACAAGAGAAAUUUUUGGAUGAUUUUGAAGAACCUAUUAAACUAGAGGUUGAAAACAAGGCACUGUAA